AUGAGCUACGCGGGAGGCACUUACUACGCCAAUCAAGAGGCCGAUACCUACUACUAUGGCCAGCAGCAGCAAAUGGCUGAGGAAGACAACACCAUUGAUUUUCGUCCACCCGACAUCACUGAACAUCAGGACAAGAUCAUCCAGCUUGUGGCCAAAUAUGUGGUGUUUUCCUGCGAUGGGGCGCGAUAUCAGCACCUACUUAUUAGGAGGACGAAGUUUAACUCCUACUUUGCCUUUGUUGCCUCACCAGAGCACAAAUAUCAUGAGUAUUACCAAUAUCUGAUUAGAAGCUACAUCGUGUGGCGCGACAUGGCUGCCGCUACCUCUGCGGGAGAAGGGAACACAGAUGAAGGGUACGCCUUCUACACGGAGCAACUGCGACAGCAAGAACAACAACAACAACAACAACAACAGUACCAGGCUAAUAUGUAUUACACUGCAUCAACGGAUUAUUCAACGCAGUACACGGAUCCAACGGCAGCGGCAGCGAUGACGACAACUGGGGGUUACUACGAUGCCAACACUGCCUAUUCUCUGCAACAAAAACAAAAUCAGAAUACAUCCGUCCUUGGGGAAUCUUCGGCUGUUGUAGAGACCUCCCGUGGAGAUGAUGUCAGCAGAAAACGCGCCAGGUCAGCAACGCCGCAAGAGAGUAGUGAUGAGGAGGACGAUGCUGGACGGGAAUUGGUGUUUGUGAUGGAAAACGGGGUUGCGAGAGCCCUUCCCAAAUAA